UUAGAUAAAUGUUUGGUCUUGAAGUAGGUUUAAUAUAUUUUUACAUAUAGAACAAACCAAUGAAUUCUACAACAUGUUUGUUUCUGUUUUUUCUAUCAGUAAUAAUUGCAGUUGAAUCGCAAGCAGUGGUACCAAAAGAUAUUAUAGUUGAUGUCAGUGAGGAAAGCAAUGAAGAUGCUGAAACACAGAUUGAAGAACCCACACAACCAGCUUCGCAAGAAGAUGGCGUCUCAGAGCAAUCAAAUUCAAAAGUUCCGGAAAAAUCUAAAAAUGCAGUCCCACCACCUGAAGAAAAACCUGAAUCAAAAAUUCCAGAAAAAUAUGAAAACGAAGUCCUGCCACCUCUUAAAAAAAUGUCCGAACCAGAAUUCGUGGGCCAAGAGCAAAUGCAUGAUGAUUUGGAAAAAGAAUUUCAUAGUUUGAUGGAAAAAGCGUUUGAUUUAGUUGAUAAAGCUGUUGGGGGUCCUGAAAUUGAUGAGAAAAUUAAAGCUGAGUUAAAGAACACGUUGAUUAACAAACACUCGUUAAAAGACUUUUUAGGACAACCGCUUCCGUCGAAAAAGAAGCCCAAUGCUGCGGAAGAUGAGAUCCUUGAUCCAUCGGCAGAUCCAAGGGUAAACUCACUGACGCGAGACAUUGAAGAAUUCCUGGACCGGGAACGUGAGAGAGAAAUAGUACAGACACAUCCUGAUGCCAAUCAAGUUCAGGAUGAUGUAAUAACACCACAAGAUCAGGAACAACCACAAAAGCAUGAAUUAACGGAAGAGGAAAAGGCUGAGGAAGCAAAGACGAAGAUGUUAAAUGAUCUUUAUCUUGAAGGGAUGACUAAAAUUAACUCCUCUAAUAUUAAAUCAAGCAUUUUACAGGGCUAUCAGAAACUACAAGAAGCUUCCAAUUUAGGUCACGCUGACUCUGACGUAGAAAUAGGUUUUGCUUAUUUAACGGGGCAACAUUUACCUCAUAAUGUUGAUGCAGCUGUGGAAAUCUUUCACAGACAAGCAGAGAAAGGGAACCCAAGAUCUCAAGCAGGUCUUGGUUUUAUGUACGGCAGUGGAAUUGGUUUGACUUCUAGCCAAUCCAAAGCUCUCAUCUACCUCACGUUUUCAGCACUUGGAGGCGACGCAAUGGGGCGAAUGAUGCUCGGUUACCGAUACUGGGCCGGAAUUGGAGUUUCUAAAAAUUGCGAAACUGCUUUAACUUAUUAUAAAAAAGUAGCUGAAGAAGUUGCUUCAAAAGUAACAUUAGCUGGCGGGCCGAUGGUUAGUAGGGUUCGACUGAUUGAUGAAGAAGAGAACCCUAGCACCACUAGUGGCAGAGUUGACGAUGAUUUAAUACAAUAUUACCAAUUUCUUGCCGACAAAGGAGACGCACCUGCUCAGGUACUUCUGUUGUUUUUAACAUUUUGAGAUUCAUAGCAAAAG